ACAGUUUUAAUUUUCUAUUCGAAGUGUACGCUUUGUGCCGCGGUGCAACGGCGUAAUUACAAAACACAAAAUAUACAGAAAGUGUCUUCCAACGUACAACGGACAGACGCGCUUGGACCAAUCAAGCACAACAGAGCAACAACAAGCGUCAUUACAACAGACAGACAGGCCCCCCGCCGAUACUUCAGUGCAAGUGUGCAAAUGUUUAUAGAACCCCGACGAAAGAGUUUCAAUAAUAUUCAGUGAAUUAACUAAACAAAACGCUGUGCGUGUCACGAUAUCGCACCGUCGAAAGGAAAUUCGCGAGGUUAAAUAACACGAAAAAAAAUAAAACAAAAAGCCAUGCAAUUUAACGUGAAGUAAACAAUUCUAUGUUGUGCGUAAGCGAAAAUGUUUUGCGAAUUCUUUAGGGCAAAUGUAGGCUGAAGAAACUCUAAACAACAACAACAAAAAAAAGAACUGUGUGUUAUGCGCGUGAAAACUACGAAAUUCCGUAAUUUACCAAAACUGAUCGUCACUGCCAUAAACGCAACGAGCCACAAUUGUGUGGAAAGAAAAGUAAAAAAGUAAAAAACAACAACAACACUGCAACGAAAUUAGUAUUACCAUAGCACCACCAAACUCUACUGCCUUUUUUACGUAAUAAUACUACGCGCAACAUUCCCGUACAUAACGGUACAACGUUUUUUCCCGAUUUUCAAAUUUAGUAAACAGUAAGCCGUCAAAAUGUUUGAUGUAUUCGGCUCCGUCAAGGGGCUGCUGAAGAUCGAUCAAGUCUGCAUCGAUAACAAUGUCUUCCGCAUGCACUACAAGGCGACGGUGAUCAUAUUGAUCGCCUUCUCGCUGCUCGUCACCUCGCGUCAAUAUAUCGGUGAUCCGAUCGAUUGUAUUGUCGAUGAGAUACCACUCGGCGUUAUGGAUACCUAUUGUUGGAUUUACUCGACAUUCACCGUACCGGAACGUUUGACCGGCCAUACGGGCCAUGAUGUUGUACAACCGGGCGUCGGUUCGCAUAUAGACGGUGUGGACGAGGUGAAAUAUCACAAAUACUAUCAGUGGGUAUGUUUCGUGCUCUUCUUCCAGGCGAUUAUGUUCUAUGUGCCACGUUAUUUGUGGAAGUCAUGGGAAGGUGGUCGCCUCAAAAUGUUGGUUAUGGAUCUGAAUAGUCCCAUUGUGAAUGAGGAGUGCAAGAAUGAUCGUAAGAAGAUCUUGGUCGAAUAUUUCUCCAACAAUUUGAAUCGUCACAAUUUCUAUGCAUUCCGUUUCUUCGUUUGUGAGGCAUUGAAUUUCAUCAAUGUGAUUGGACAGAUCUUCUUUGUGGACUUCUUUUUGGAUGGUGAAUUCUCUACAUACGGCAGUGAUGUAUUGAAAUUCACCGAAAUGGAACCGGAUGAACGUAUCGAUCCGAUGGCGCGUGUCUUUCCCAAAGUCACCAAAUGUACAUUCCACAAAUACGGUCCAUCUGGUUCGGUGCAAAAGUUCGACGGUCUCUGUGUGUUGCCGCUGAAUAUUGUCAAUGAGAAAAUCUACGUUUUCCUAUGGUUCUGGUUCAUCAUUUUGAGCAUAUUGUCGGGCAUUUCAUUGGUGUAUCGUAUGGCUGUUAUUAUGGGACCCAAACUACGUCAACUAUUGUUGCGUGCCCGUUCCCGUUUGGCCGAGAGUGAGGAGGUCGAAGCUGUGGCAAAUAAAUGUAAUAUCGGUGAUUGGUUCCUGCUGUAUCAGUUGGGCAAAAAUAUCGAUCCAUUGAUCUAUAAGGAGGUGAUGGCGGAUUUGGCGCGUGAAAUUGGCGAACAUUCGAGCAGCAAAGAACAAUUCGCCGCUUAGUGGCCGCAAAUGGCCCCUUCUUUUGUGCGAAUAGCAACGUGAGUGCCACUGAAUACUAAACGAAGAUGCUUCAACAUCCUCCAGCACCAUAUACAAAAUCUACAAGCAACACACAUACAUAUCUGUAAGCAAUUGCAAGAGAACGACACACACACACAAAUAUACAGAACGCACAUAAAAAGUAAAAAAUUAAAUAGUUUUUACACGAAAGACACGAACAUACACUUAUACACCGCUCAGUCAUUUGUAUACACAAACAGACACACAGACAGACAGACACAGACAAACAGACUUGAGAUGAGAUUCCUUUGCGUUACAGCCACAUUAGGGUAUGUCACAGCGUGACACUACACACUGCCUACCGGCUUGUAAGAGCUUUGUAGUGUAGGUGGCGUAGAGACCAGCUGUGACAUGCCUAAAAUAGAAUAAAAAUUAAUUUCGAUAAAAAAGACGCGAAUUUUACAUAUUUUACACCUCUAGUAUGUAUGUAUACGGAUGUUUUAACGGUUAAGCAAUAAUUAUACAUAAAUAACAUAGCUGUAACUGAAAAUGGGAGAAAUAACAAGAAAAAAAAACGCAAAGUCUACAAAAUAUCGAAAGAAAGUAAAAAAUUACAAAUGCAACAAAAACACUCCAUUUAAAGCAAAAUGCCUACAAAUCAAAAUGCGUAAAGUUAACAUUCUAAAAAACAAAAACAAAAACAAAAAAACGAUUUUUUAACUAAAAAAAAUAUUAAAAACGUUUUUUAUACAGGAGUUGAGUAGCUUUAGAAGAAUUUCAAAUCUAUUUGCUUUGCUAUUUUUUUGCUAAUGAGAGAGAGUACGAAGAGGAAAGCACUAAAAACUAGACAUUUUCAUAUACACUUACAAAAAAGGACAAAAAUAAAUAUAAAAACAACAAAUGAGAAAAAAAAUCGAAAAUACUAAAUGAAGCAUUCAAUUUUUUAUUUUUUUUCUUUUAUAAA